UCCAUCCAUCAAUAGGAAAUUUGGACAGGCUAACUGCUCUUCAUUUGUAUGGUUGCAAAAAGAUUACGGAUCUUCCAAGCAACACAUGCCAGCUAAAAUCCCUUGAAGACUUGGACAUUACUUACUGCUCAUCUUUACAAACACUGCCAGCUGACAUUGGAGAUAUGCAAAGCCUAAGACAUCUCUAUGCACAUGAUACGGGUAUAAAACGAUUGCCCGGAUCUGUUAAAAUGCUAAGAAAUCUUAAAGAAUUGCUAGUGGGAGGUCGAAAUUUAGAGGCCAAAAGGAGAGUUUAUCAAAGAAGAUCCCACCAUAUAGAAUCCUUGCCAAUUUCUAUUUCUCGUUUAAGCCUUCAAUAUUGUGGUUUCUCUGAUGCUGAUAUUCCUAGGGAUAUUGGUACUUUAUCCAACUUACAUGAUUUAGAUUUGAGCGGCAACAGUUUCCUCUGUCUACCCUUUGAUUUCUCCAAGUUACCAUGGUUGAAGUCCUUGCGUUUGAAUGAUUGUGUGAAUCUUCAAACACUCCCGUCAAUAUCAAAUUUAGAGUACCUUUAUAUUCUUGAACUUAGGAAUUGCCAAAAACUCGUCAAGAUUACAGGGUUGGAAAACCUCCCUUCAAUACAAGAGAUCGACACUCUUAAUUGUACUUCUCUGCAGAAUCCAUUCAAUGAAGGCUUCUUUAGUGCCCAUGCUCUAUCAAUUUCAUCUAGAAAAUAUGCAAUGUUUCAGCUGCGGUUACACAUUUAUCUCCAAAGCAAUGAGAUUCCAGAUUGGUGCAGCAAUCAAGUCACAGCUCCAUCUAUCUGUUUCACUAUUCCCUCCGUAUAUAAGAAAAAGUCGUUAGGAAUGAUUCUCUGGUUUGUUUGCAACUCUAAGAUUUUAUCCCAGUUUGGACACUUCCUUGUUACCGUAUCCAAUAAAAAGCCUUUAGUUUUUUACUGGACUAGGUUUAUUCCUACACCCGAAUCACACGGAGAAGUUUCAUGUGUAUAUUACAUAUCUUGCUUAACUAGUCAUUAUUCUGGCCUGAUGAUCAAAGGCGGGGAAAAGAUAACAGUCGAGGAGGGCCCUGACAAAGGUAGAGUAAAGAAGAUAGGGGUACAUCUGUUAUACUUAGACAAACAUGGUAAUGUUACAUCUUCCCCACCAAUCCUUGAAGAAAAUCAUUUGCAUUCUCAGAUAAUGAAUAGAGAGAGUCUCAGUGGAAAAGAACUCAAAAAAAGUGUCAAACAGAGGAUAUCAGCUCAAUCCUUGAAGAACAUCAUCACACGCUUCAAAUCUUAGUUGAAUCAAAAUUAACUUGCUCCCGUUUCUUAUCAACAUGCAAUAUUCAAAAUGCUCAUCCAACUACAAUCUGAUUUUGGUAAAAAGUAUUUUUCAUCCGACAGAUGCCAAGUACUCUUUGCAAGUUGUCAUCCAAUGAAAAUUUUGCUAGUGUUACUAUUAAGGGAUGGAUUGACCAUAGAAGUUAUGGGUUUCACAUAACUCAGUAAUGUUGGUUCAAGUCAUGCUGUUGUGUUGAGACAUUUUGGCAAGCAAAAAAGAUUGGGGCGUGAUCAAUAACUUAGAACAACCUCUAUUAUGGGAUUAUCUGAGCCUAAAGUCUGUGGGAUGCCAAGU